AUGACUCAAACUUAUCAGAAAUUUAAUAUAAAUUUUUCCAAAACUUACCUUUUUAAAAAUAAAUAAAUAAUGUUCAUCAUCUUAUCAUUGCUAACAUAAUUGUCAUAUGGAUGUUCUGUGUGGACUAAUGAUACAUUCUAUAUAACAGCCACUCCUGGAGAAAUAGUUGAUAUAAAACUUGAUGAGAUUUUUAGAGAUAAAAAUAUUUAAUAGUACACCAUCUCUCCUAAGUCGGAACUAUACUCAUUAUCUAAUCCAUUAAGUUUAAUAUAAUAAAGUCAAUAUAAUUAAAUAGAACCAAGAGAAUUGAUAGCUUCAAAAUUAUAUAAAAGUUCUGGAUAUCUAGAUAUAACAAAUUAAAUAACCAUUUUAAGCAAAGCACAAAAUAAAUAUUUUAUAGAAUAUAGUUCUUUAAUGUUUGAAAAUACACCAGAUAUUGAUGUUGUUUAAUAAGUAAAUGUUAAAGAAGAUUCAAUUUGUUAUGAUACUGUCUAAGUAGAUUUAUUGUAUAUUAUUGAAUGUAAUAAUGUGGAUGGUGAUUAUUUUACUAUUCUAAAUAAAGAUUAGGUUUAAUAUAUGGCUAUUAUUAAUUCUUAAAGAUAACAAAGAAAACUUGAUUAAUUAGAUAAAUUUAUCUUAAGAAAUUUAUAUUAUUCAUUAGAAUUAUAUUAAUUAUAAGAUAAUCAAUUGGUUUUAAUAAGUACUCUUAAUACAGAAUUAAUAAGAUAAUUAACUAAAGAUGAUAAAUUUGAUCUUUUAAUUGUAGAUUUUAAAUUCCAUACAAAUUAAUAAAUUACAAUUUUGAAUUAAAAAGGAUAAUUUAUAUGUCUAAAAUAUAUGAACUAAUAAAAUUAAUGGGAAUUAUAUGAAUAUUUAUAAACUUAAACAACUCUUCCUUAUGCUUAUGAUUAUUCUUGGAAAUAUUUGCAAUUAGUAAUCAUUUCAGAUAAAAUAAUAUAUCUUCGUUAGAUUUCAACUUGGACUCAAAAAGAUAACUUAAAUUUUGAUCAAAAUAACAAAGUAUAAUUGUUAUAAAAUUAUAUAAUUAUUUAGAAAUUAAAAUCAUUAUAAAUUUUAAACUUUAAUUUCAAAGAGAUAUAGAGUAUAGAUAUUCAGACUUAAGGUUUUUUAAACUCAUAUCUAGCAUUUGAUUCAUUUUUAUUUUUUGAUUAUUAAAACUUUUAUGCUUAUACAAUUAAUUAAGAAAAUCAAUAGAUAUUGAGAUUUUAAUCAAAUUAAUUAAUUAAUGAAUAUUAAUUAUUCAAAAUUUAAAAGUAAACUCCUUAUAAAUUAUGUGAAAUCAAAUGCUAUUAUAAAGUUGUUAAUAUUGCUACUAAAGAUAUUUAUUAAUAAGUUUAGGUUUCUAAUAGUUUUUUUAAAGGUGGUUUAUUAUUAGAUGAACAAUAAUCAUUAUAAUUUACUUAACCAUUUGCUGGAUAAAAUUUAAAGUUAGAAUUCACACCUAACUAAUUUAUGACAGUUUAAUUUAGUAGAAGUAAGAAAGUUGAAAUUCUCUAUGCAGGUGAUCCAAAGAAUAUUAUUUAUCGUAAAAUUAUUCCUGAAAUUGGGUAGACAAGUUUUAUCGAAUAAAAUAAUGAUUUAUAAAUAACUGGAUAUCUGUGUAAUUUAAUAGAACAAUAAUUUUAGUGUAAGACAUUUAUAUAAACACACGAUUUCAUCAAAUUAUUGGAUUCUCCUCUAUAAACAUGGUUUGCAUAAUUUUAUACAUACUUAGCAAUUGGAAAAGAUAAAAAUAUUGAUCUUUAUUGUAAUUGUAAUGAUUAAUUUCAAAUAUCUCUUCUAACAACGUUAGUUAUGGAUAGUAACAUCAAAGAAAUAAAACAUAGUUUCUCUUAUUUAUUAAUAUUGGUUGAUUAAGAAUUACUUGUGUAUUAGAUAAAUAAUAGCAAAUAAAGGUUAGUGUUUCGCCAUUUAGCUGAAAAAGUCUAUACAUCUGCAAACUUAGAUCAAGUUUGGAUUUAUUAAAAGAAAACAUUAUAUCUUUUUGAUAUUUCUGAUAAUACUAAAUUGCUUUGGUUCACAUAUCUAAAAGAUUAUGAUGAUAUUGAAGUUGGAGUAACUUAAAAUUAAUUUUUGUUAUUGGCUAAAAGAGACAAUCUAUAUCAAGGAUUUGUAUAUGACUAUCAAAAUCUCAAAUAUGCUUACAUUUCAAAAGAAUUAGAUCUAUCAGGUUACACUGAAUUGAAACUUUGUUUAUCCUGUAAUUCAAACUCUCAAUUCAUUUAUUUAGAGGCUUACAAAAAUGGAAAUCAUUUAUUACUUAUUUACAGAUUAGAUUAAAUUGCUAUUAAUUCAUUAUUCAUUUAAUUUACAAUUUUAGCAAAUAGCUAAAUCACAUCUAAUGAAUAAAAUUUAUUUAUUACUAAUUCUUAAAUGUUAUCACAAUAUAUCAUUUAGAAUUAAGAUUCAUCUUCUAUUAGUAUUGAAAUAGAUUAAAAUUAUUAACAAGUAAAGAAUUGUGAAAUUAUAAAAUUAAGUGGCAAAGUCUCCAAUUCUGAUAAAAACUAAGAAAUUAAAGAUGUUCCAAUAUCAUUAAUAAAUAGAGGAAUAAAUUUAUUUGGAAUAGUAAAUGAAUUAAAUUUUAAUUAUGAAAAAGAUGGAAAUAAUAGUCAUUGUUUUGAUUUAGGAUAAUCUUGGUAUAGUGGUUAAGCUUUUUAAAUAGAUUUAUAAUAAGGAAAUGAAGAUAUUAAAUUAUAAAAAACACUUAUUAAAUAAUAAUAAUCUAUUGAAUAUAGUUAAUCUAUUAUGGAAUAUGAUAAUAAUACUUUAAUUUAAUUAAUUUCGAAUAAAAUAAUAUUCAUAUCUAAAGAAGAUUUUUAAAUUACAGAAUAUUAAUUAGAUAAUUAAUAUUAAUUUAUUAAUAUACUUUAUAUUUAAUCAAAUCUUAUUUAUCUUUAACUUAUCUUUAAUAAAUAAUAUUUAAUUAAAUUAUUAUUAUUUCAAAAUUCAUAAAUUAUCUUAUUAAAUGGAUAAAUUACUUAUAAUUAUUAUAUCAAAAAGGCUUCUUUAAUCAAUAACUAUUUCUUUGUUUGGGUGGAUUUAAAAGUUUAAAUUUACAAUAUGAAUAAUGAACCUGAAAAUUUAUUAAACUAUGCUUUGGUUAAUGAUAUUAACAUCCCAUUAUAGGAAGGUUCUAUGGAAAUUUAAUAUAUAUAAACUAAUGAUGUUUAUUAGAUCAUUUAUUUAGAUGAAGGUUGUUUAUUAUAGAUAUUUAGUUUUCAAAUAUCACAAACCUAAAAUGCUCAUUACAAUUCAGUAAGAGAUAUAGGGGAAAUUUUAAGAGAAAAAUUACUCUAUGAUCCUUAAAAUUAGAUCUGCAGAAAUUUAUUCUUGUAAAAAAAUGAAAUUGUUGUUGUUAUUUCUGGAACUCCUUCCUAUAAAUUUAGUUUGAUUAUUUAAUGUUAACAAUAGAAUAUAUGUGAUAUUAUUGAAUUAAACUUAUUAUCUGAAUAUCAACAAUAUGGAAAAUCAUACAUAGAUAGAAAAUAUCCUAGUAGCUACUUAAAUGAAAACAUUUUGUCUAUAAUUUAUCAAACAGAUAAUGGUUAUGAUGUUUUAUUGUAUGAUCUUAAAAGUUAGAAUAAUAAAAUUGGACCAAAGUUGGCUAUUGCUCACUCUUCAUCUUUAUUUAAAUAAAGUUAAUUGAUUUCUUUUGUUUACAGUUAUAAAGAGUAAUUGCAUUUAUUGACUUCUGCAGAUAAUAUAUAGAAAUUAUAACACUAUUUAUUAAGAAGAUCUCCAUAGGUGUGUGUAGAUAAGGAGUCAGUUACAUAAGAUGUUAAAUUCUUAUUAAGAAAUUCAUAUCAAGAAAAAGAGAUUAAUAUAAAAUUGAAGAUAUCACCAAAAGUUCCACCAAGUCCACCAGAUCCAGGAUCUGAUGAAAAAAGAGGAUUUCCAUUAUGGGCAAUUUUAUUGAUUGUUGGAGGUGUUAUUUUAUUAUUUGGUAUUGGAAUCACGAUUUGGUGUUGUAAGAAAAAGAAAGAAAAAGAUGAUUUAUAUUAAUCUAUUCCAUGA